AUGCCGUCGACCUACAAGAAAGACAAGCCCUGGGAUACGGAUGACAUUGACAAGUGGAAGAUCGAACAGUUCAAGCCCGAAGACAAUGUUGCCGGCAACUUCGUGGAGGAGUCGUCCUUCAUGACCCUUUUCCCCAAAUACCGCGAGCAGUAUCUGAAGGAAGCAUGGCCGGUGAUUACCCGGUCGCUGGAGAAGGAGGGUAUCGCAUGCACACUUGAUUUGGUGGAGGGUAGUAUGACCGUGAAGACUACUCGCAAGACCUUCGACCCGGCCGCGAUUCUGAAGGCGCGCGACCUCAUCAAGCUCCUUGCCCGAAGCGUUCCAGUCACCCAGGCUCUGAAGAUUCUCGAAGACGGUGUCGCCUGCGACAUCAUCAAGAUCCGCAACCAGGUGCGGAACAAGGAGCGCUUUGUGAAGCGGCGGCAGCGAAUUCUGGGCCCCGGUGGAUCCACAUUGAAGGCACUGGAACUUUUGACCAGCACAUACAUCCUGGUCCAGGGUAACACGGUGUCCGUGAUGGGUCCGUUCAAGGGUUUGAAAGAGGUUCGACGCAUCAUUGACGACUGCAUGGCGAAUAUUCACCCGAUCUACCACAUUAAGGAAUUAAUGAUCAAGCGUGAGCUGGCAAAGGACCCGACACUCGCGAACGAGUCGUGGGACCGGUUCCUCCCCAACUUCAAGAAGCGCACCCUGUCUAAGCGCCGCAUGCCCUUCAAUGUCACCGACAAGACAAAGAAGGUGUACACACCGUUCCCUCCUGCACCCGAGAAGAGCAAGGUCGAUUUGCAGAUCGAGUCCGGCGAAUACUUCCUCUCCAAGGAGGCCAAAGACCGUGCGCAGAAGGAAGAGGUUGUCGAGCGUCAGCGCCAAAAGCGCGAGGAAAAGAUGCGCGAGCGCGAGAAGGACUUUAUUGCGCCCGAGGAACGAACACCUGCCGAUAUCGAUGGCGAGAAGAAGAAGAAGAAGGAAAAGAAGGAGAAGAGCAAGCGCAAGCGAGAUGCCGACGGCGAUAUCGACGCAGAGGAUGCUGCCGAACGCACAGAGAAAAAGAAGAAGAAGAAGAGCAAGUCCAAGGCGGUCUCCGACGAGGAGUAA